UAGACAGUAAAGCGCACGAUAAAAUGGGCGAGAAAAAGUCUGUGUCAAGAAAUGAUAUUGUCUUCGACGAAAUUAUUGUCAGUGAUUAUUCGGUGAGCUUUGGUUUGACAUGGAAAGACAUCAUCUAUAUACCCUUUUACCGCUUCUCAACCUAUAUUUUUGCACUGAUAGUGUACAGUUCCAUUAUUAUUGCAAUCUUCAUAAUCACCUACCAGCCGUAUGGGAAAUUCUACGAUGAAGUUUUAUUUCACAUCGUCACUAUAUUGGAAUUAGUGUUUUUGGCAAGAACAAUAUUGGCUAUUUUACACAGAAUUUUAGAAGAACAUCGCAUUCGGAAAGUUUAUCCGCCUGAACCAAUAUUUCUCUUGAUAGUAGAUUGCAUUACAUUGCUGCCGGUUGCAUCGUAUUGCUUUCUGAUCAAUCGUUUCGAUUGGAAUCACCCGAUAGACUACCGCAUUGGGUAUUAUUAUGCCUUCGCGUUGAAACUGCCGCGAGUGAUUAGAUUAUACUCAAUGUAUCAUAGUUUUUACAAUGAUUUAGCACGUAAUCCAAGAACAAUAGUGCUAAUCAUUCACGGAAUGAUGUCAAUCCUCUUUAUCAUGAUGUUGAGUUCACUCCACUAUACAAUAUUUUAUUACUCCCACAAUGGGCCCACGUGGGCAGACCGCUUCAAUGUCCUGACACGUCAAAACAUCACUUACGAAACACCCAUUGUAUGCUUCCUGUUUGCUGGUGGUUUUAAUUACGGCGAUAUACUCACCCCUAUGCCAUACUACUCAUUGUCAGAGAUGGAGGUGGCCGCUGUCGCGCUGAUGAUUAGUUACAUCUGCCAUAUUGUAUACCUCAACUCUCACCUCAUCGCCGUCUACGUGCAAUUGAUGCGCUUUAAGCACUUCUAUGAAUGGCGCCUGCUCAAAGUAGGCACAUUCACCAAACUACUUCGCUUCGACCAACCUCUGCAGGACGCAAUCAACACCUACUAUCGCACGAUUUGGGCAACGCGUGGCGGGUAUGUGGAAAUUCCCGACAUCGUCCGCCUGUUUCCAUCUGAACUCCGAACAGAAAUCGCAAUGGAUCUAUACUUCGACGCCAUACGGCACUCGAUGAUCUUCAGCCCACUGAAUGAGACCUAUAAGAAGGAACUCAGCCGUCUGUUCCAAACUGAGAUCUACAUUCCCGGACAACUCAUGUUCAUCAAAGACAAAAUCAAAGCCAAGCUGAUAUAUUUGCAAUCGGGGAUUGUUGAAAUAAUGUCGAUUGAAAACCGCGAUUCGCCAGUGUUAUCCUUUAGUCCUGGCACAAUUCUGGGCGAGAUAAGUUGCCUUUUGCCUUACAUGUGUUCGGCUGACAUCAGAUGCAGCACUACGUGUGUAGCACACGUUUUACGUCAUUGUGAUCUGAAAAAUCUGCUCGCUAGGGAUUCAAAUUUAAACUCCACCAUGCAGCGGAUUAUCAAUGAGCGAAUUGAGUACUGUCGCAAGAAGUAUCUACGUGUGCGCCGUUUGGAUCAACCUAUAUCACAUAUUUAUUGGAUCAAAUACCGUUGGCGCAAACUGAACAAGCGUCACACAGCUAAAUACCCGAAAGCACUGGCUCCGGAACCACUCACAAAGUACUAUUGCUCGAAAUACAUGAGUCUCAUAGUGCUCAGUUCUUAUUACGAAUUAAAAGUGCACUCGAUUUGCGUUCGCGGGAAAUGUAGCUUCGUCAUGGAGCAAGAGUCAAGUUUCCGGAAGUUUCUGGACUUAUUUUGUACACUGGGCGCUGUGGUGCACUUCGUGCUCACGUUCCAUGUGAUUAUCUUUGAGGGACGGAUCACAAAGGACGUGUUUGCAUUACUGACGCUCUUUGACAUGUUAUACUUGCUGGACAUCUACUUUCAAGCGAUUACGGCGGUGCGGGUACACAAUGUGUUCAUUUCUAAGCCAAUGGAUAUUCUCGUGUACAAAUGCAAACAGUUGCGGUUUCUUAUCGACGUGUUUUCAUCAAUUCCUUAUGAUUAUUUUGCUACAUUAAUGGGAGCAUCACCCUAUUACAUUGGGUUGUGUAGAUUGCCAAAGUAUAUGAAGCUUAUUAAGGUUGUGGAAUUUUUCACUGCAUAUGAACACCUAUUAAAUGUCUCGCCUCGCACGUGGAAAGUCACCAGAGAUAUUGUCAUUCACUGUUUGAUCAUCCUGUUGUGUGCAUGCUUCGUCUACUUAUGGACGUGUUUCAAUGGUAUUUGCGAAGCAGACGGUUGGCUAGAAACAAUUAAGAAACAAACACGCGCAAAUUUUGGUCGGGACAUUGAAACCACGGAUUUUGUCAUCUCUUUUAUCUACACAUCUUCCAUUUACCUCCAGAUGAAAAUACAUCACUUUCAAGCCACGAAUGUUAUCGAACAGGUCGGACAGUUCCUGAUUUGCGUAUGCGGUUUCUACCUCAUCAAUUUGACACUGAGCCAAUGGUGCGGCACCAUUGCUCUGGAAAACUAUCCGCGCUUUUUGUACAUGUACAAUCUGAGUUUCUUCAACACAGUCUUUCAAGAUCGUCCUGAGCUGCGUCGUUUUCGCGCCAAAGUGAACGAGUAUUUCUCCUUGCAGUGGUUCUUCGCCAGUUGCAUGUCUUUCAACGACAUCGCCAGCCUGAUGAGUCACCAAUCCAAGUUUGUCCGGCAUAAAGUCACACACGAAUACAUGAUGGUAGCCCUGCGCAAAACACAAGCGUUUUCUACGAUGAGCGACGCCUUCCUGGAAUUGGUCUGCUCCUAUUGCAAGUUCUACGUCAUACCAGUGAAUCAUGUACUGCAAAGACCUGACACCAGUGUACCAGUUCUAUACAUUAUACUAGACGGCUGGUGUAAAGUACAAUCCUUCACACCGGAAGAUGAAGAAAAGAAUAGGGAGUUCUUCUAUACCCAGUACGACAUGUUCCCUGUCAUUGGAUUUUUUCAAGCAGUAAACAGCUUUCUCUACGCCGAAACCUACACAACCGUCAAGAUCUUAGCCAUACAAUAUCAUAACUUUAUGAGUUGUGUGAAAGCUAUCCCCGUUGAUGGUGAUAUCCUACUAGGUGCAAUUCAAGAUAAUCUCACCUCUCAUCAGAAUUUGAUCAUGCGAAUCGUGCACUUACCGUUGUUGUACUAUCCGGAACCCCACGAGAAAUCUUCGCAAGUCUCCAUAUUUGAUUACAAAGAAAACGCUGGCAAAGAUGACAAUAAACACUUAAAAUGGCAAAGGUUAAACCGGGGCAGUAUAAGGAACAGGAUAUACUCCACAUUCAUGCGGACAUUCGACCCACACGGAUUGUAUCUGUAUUACGAAGUCUUCCGCGGUUUACUCAUCUUCAUGGAAAUGAUUAUGUUGUAUACAUCUUUGCAUCGAUACAUUCGCGUAAGCAACCCGUUCAAAGUGCUAAAAGUUGUGGUGCUGAUAUUCGACAUUCUGGACUUGUACGUGAGAGCACACGUGCAUUAUUUUACUCCAACCGGAAUCCGUGUUACAAAUCUCAAGUCAACUUUCAACUACUACUUCCGGCAUAGUUUUAGUAUAGACUUGAUCAGCAUGUUGCCGUAUGAACGCAUGCACGUCUUUGAACUCUUCCGUGACCGCAGCAAGAGUUCAUUGAACAUCAUGAUAUGCCUGAUCCUUCAACCACUGAAACUCUAUCGACCUUUCUUCCUGUUGAAUUUCUUGCGAAAAACGAUCCUCAUCGAAUACCACAACGCCAUCUUGAUCUGCACGAACACCAUACUUAUUAUUAUCAUCCUUGCUCAUUUGGCUGCCUUCGCGUUGGUGAAAACCUGCGAUAUCGACGAUGACUGGUACUGGAAUUGCCCCACCGAUAGCUGGCUGCAUCUGGAUGCCAAUUAUUCCUAUUGGCACGACCAGAAUCUUCUCUACUCUCGCACUAACUACGAAGUGAUCAGUUCGCAUGUGACGCGUUCAUCAAUGUACUUCACAUUGCACGACUAUAUACUUUUCUGCUUCCUGGGAGUAUUUAUCUGUAUGGUAAGGAUAUGGUAUCAGGCAUCAAUUAUCGGGCACAAUGUAUUUAGCACCAAGUAUCUUGUCAAUUUCCAAGAACGACGUAGGCGCUACUACACCCUCGCGUCCAAAAUGCAAAUCCCGAAAGUUUUGAUCGACGAACUAAUAGAACACUAUAAAUAUAUGUUCAAGAAGACGCGCACGGAUGAAGCAAAGGAUAUACUCGAACCUUUCUAUCCGCAUAUUCAGGAAGCGAUCCAAUUGGCAAUGUUCGCUCCAACGCUCUACCAAACAAAAAUCUUGGAAAUGGAAGGCAGUGAACUACACCGAUUCAUAGCCCCAUUCAUCACCGAACAGUACUACAUCAUCAACGCGACGAUACUUCGCUGUAAUGAUAUCAACCGAAACAUCUUCAUUGUCAAGAAAGGCUUCGUAGAAGUAUCCGUCGCGGAUGAAGCCGUAGCCAUUCUAGGACCGGGCGGAAUGUUCGGCUGCUUUAAACAAAAGGGCAUCAAUCGCAGCAUGAUUACCGUCACCGCAAAGGUGCAUGCUGAUUUACUAGUCAUCGACACUAGCAUAUUCAUAAAAAUAACGAAAAUAUUCCGGAAUGUUAAGCGCGAGAUGAAAUGCGCACACCUCACGAAUUGUGAAUACAUCGAGUCAAUGAUGAAACCUGCCAAGUCGUCCUACACCGGCGAGAAGAUCAACGUAUUCGCCAGGUGCUCGCUGCGCAAUUGGUUCAUGUAUACAUUUGAUGAUAGAAAUAGGUUCAUUGUUUUCUUUCGAUACUUUACGGAAAUGCACUUGGCGCCAUUAGUGAGCAUCGUGGCUUUGAUCAGCAUGGUUGUCAUCAGUAGCGAGGGCACAUCAACGUACUUCUGGAUGAUUGUGGACAUUUAUUUUCUUAUAGACAUGUAUAUGAUUUGUCACAUUGGUGUGAGAGACGAGGAAAGUGGGUUGAUACUUGCCAGAGUGCAGGAGUUGACCAAAGCGUAUCUGAAGUCUUGGAAGUUUUACUGGGACGUCCUUACUUUGAUUCCGUUUUAUCUCUUUUCAAAAUAUAUCAAGGAUGAAUAUAUAGGCUACCUGCUUGCCAACAAGAGUCUCCGUAUUAUGAACAUGUUCGUCUAUUACUCAACGUAUAUGCGCACGCGCUACCUUCCCAAUCACAUGCGUCUCUCAUUCCUGAGUUACAUGCUUCUGUUCUGCUUGAAUGCCCUUUGCUUCCUAAUCUGCACCACAAUAUUCUUCUUAAAAGGAGAAUCUCUGUCACCCCCGGAGAUAGCCGCUAAUUAUCUCCAAGUAGCAAAUAUUUUCACCACCGCAGGCAUAGACCCGCCAGGGGUUGAAAACUUUAGCAAAUUAUUCUACAUCACCGUCGCCGUUUUCCUAACAAACAUUCUCUACGUAUUGAUCAACUCUGGUUUCACGAAGCUCGCUGUGAUGAUCUACUACACGGACAUGGAAUUUCGUCGAGCUGUAAUCACCUUCAAAGCGUACUGCCAGCAUGAAGACGUGUCAAAACCGAUAGUCAAUCAGUGCUGGUACUACUUGAUGCAUUUAUAUUACAAGCACGGAGGUGAGCAAUUCCCGUCGUUGAUUCUGAACUCACCAAACUACAUCCUCGAAGCACACAUGACCUUCAUAGCUGCAGACUUGCUCUAUAAACACCGGGUGUUUAAAUUUGCACAUCGCGAUUUUCUGCGGCAGAUGAUCAGAUACAUGAGGUACGAGUUUAUUAUGCCUGGGUUUACCAUUGCCGAGCGGGGGGAUAAACGGAAACGGAUGUAUUUCAUCGCUGAAGGUACAGUGCUGUCAAUCGACACGACUCUUAAGACUUCAGAGUACGAAACGCUGAACUGGGGUGCCAGUUUUGGUGAGGCUCAGGCUCUGCAUGGUAAACAAUUUGAAACAACCUAUAAAGCGUUAACUCCCGUCCAACUAUUUGUAAUUUCGAAUCACGAUUGGGUAUAUCUACUAAAAUGGUUUCCUGCCACGGCGCAAAUACUGAAUGAAUGUGCAUUAUAAUUUUACUUUUCUUCUAUUGACUUAAAUAUAUUUCCCGAAGUACUUCAGGUCGUUGGGCCUUAGUUUUGCUUGACAUCCACCUAGAUUAUUCUGUAUAACAUACUUAAUUGAAUAAUAAUUCGCGUUGUUUUCCUCUUCCCAUUUCUCAUGUGCCGCCUUUUCAUCGAGGAGCUCUUGGGAGACGGCCAUUGCUUUAAAAGGCAGCUUGGCCGCGACUUCUUCCAAAACUUUCUUGACUUCAGCAUAUUCACACUUGCCGGCUACUUCAAGUAUCACGCGACCUGCCUUGAUGGGAGUUACAUAGUGGUCAAUCGCGCCCUUACCACCGCCCAUUCGUUGGCCUUGCCCUUUUUUGGUCACAGGUUGCCAUGGUGCGUCCACUCGCCAAAUGGCGAACAUCCGGUUAACAUCCAUUUUUCUGCCGAUUGUCAAACGCGCCAUUUCCAAAUGUCCGAAUUUAAGGCGGCCGCCGCCUAAAGCAAU